AUGCCCGUCGAGCUCCGCAAGCGCAAGGCCCCCGAGCCCGCUCCGGCUCCUGCCCCCAAGAAGGCCUCAUCCAAGGUCGCGAAGGCCGCUGGCAAGGUCAAGGAGGCUGUCAAGGGAAAGCCCGCCAAGCCUGCCGCCGAAGAGCCCGAGAAGCCCGCCGAGAAGCCCGUCGCUGCCAAUGGCUCCGACAAGAAGGUCAAGGCGACCAAGGGCGAGACAAUCAACCUCGACGGCUUCGGCGGCGAGAUCGAGGACAACGACGGCGAAAAGACUACUCUGAAGGAGCUCGUCGACAAGAGCAAGGCCGGAGUUGUCCUCUUUACCUACCCCAAGGCCUCGACCCCCGGCUGCACUACGCAAGCCUGUCUCUUCAGGGACUCCUACGAGCCGCUCACCAAGACGGGCCUGGCCAUCUACGGCCUGUCCACGGACUCGCCCAAGGCCAAUACCACUUUCAAGACGAAGCAGAAGCUGCCUUACCCGUUGCUCUGCGACCCCAAGGCCACCCUCAUCGGAGCCAUUGGCUUCAAGAAGCACCCCAAGGGCACCCAACGUGGUGUCUUCGUCGUCGACAAGUCCGGUAAGGUCCUCGCCGCUGAGCCCGGUGGCCCGGCUGCCACCGUCGAAGUCGUCAAGGCGCUCGUCGAGGAGGGCGGCGCCGAUGCUGAGCCUGCUGCCGAGACCGCUGCCGCCGAUGCUAAGGAGGAGCCGGCCAACGGAGAUGCCAAGGACGACGAGAAGGAGGAUGCCGCUGAUGAGGCCGAGAAGAAGGAUGAGAAGAAGGACGAGUAA